AGUACCAGUUUACCGGACGUGACGUAAUUGAUAUGGCAACCAGGUGACGCUUUCCCAAUGUCUGAACGAGAAGGGAAGUAUUUGGUUAGAAAGCAAUUUUCGAAGAGAUAAUGCAUUCUUACAGUUGAAACUUUGUUACGAAAAAAAAAAACGCUGGGUAAAGUUAUUCACAUAGGUGCUGAUUUUUUUUUUACCGUGAUAUUCAUAAAAAGCUUUGGAAAAUGUGUGAGUAAGCACUCUGGAGAUGAAAAUUUACACUAGUUACCACUAAGAAUUAAAUUUAUUCAUUCCAGAUACAAAUAUUCAGUUCUCACACUUUGCACUCUGCAAGCAGACUAGACAAGGAAACCAUGAAGCAACUUCAGAUAAAUUGACACUUUCCGUAUGCCUUCUGCCAUUACUCCUGAGCUUCAAUCCUUGCCCCCAAAGUCCUGAUCAUGCUUGUUCCUAUCUUUACUUUGAAGCUGAAUCACAAAAUAAAUCCCCAGAUGGUGACAGUGGGAAAAUAUGAUGGGGUGCACCCUUGUUUAACUGCUGCAACGAAGGCUGGAAAGAAAAAUAGUUUGCUAAACGUAUCUUAUUUCUAUGUUCAGGUGGCAGAUGGAGCAAAUGCUAUUGUACUUGGGCAGCUUGGUGAGAUUGUGUCUCCUUUAGCAAUUAUUGGUGGAAACUGCACUCUUCAAGGAUUUGAUCAUGAAGGAAAUGACCCCUUUUGGACGGUCACUGGGGACAAUGUUCGGUCUUUGGCAUUUUGUGACUUUGACAGCGAUGGAAAAAAUGAGCUACUUGUAGGAUCUGAAGACUAUGACAUUAGAGUUUUCAAAGAAGAUGAAAUCUUGGCAGAGAUGACAGAAACUGAGACAAUCACAUCUCUCUGCCACAUGCAUGGCAGUCGAUUUGGCUAUGCCCUAGCAAAUGGCACAGUUGGCGUGUAUGAUAAAAUGUCUCGCUACUGGAGAAUUAAAUCUAAAAACCAUGCAUUGAGCAUCCAUGCAUUUGAUCUGAACUCUGAUGGUGUUUGUGAGUUAAUCACAGGCUGGUCUAAUGGAAAGGUUGAUGCACGUAAUGAUCGUACAGGGGAGGUGAUUUUUAAGGACAAUUUCAGUUCUUCAAUUGCAGGUGUAGUAGAAGGAGACUACAGGCUGAAUGGGCAGAACCAGCUCAUUUGCUGUUCUAUCGAUGGGGAAGUAAGGGGGUAUAUGCCUGCAAACCAAGAGAUGAAAGGAAACUUGAUGGACACAAGUGUUGAGCAAGAUCUUAUUCGUGAGCUGAGUCACCGGAAACAGAACUUGCUCCUAGAACUCCGAAACUAUGAAGAGAAUGCAAAGCAGGCUGUGGUUGACACACAGGUGGGAGAAACAGAUGCUCAGAUGGGGGUUAUCCCAGUGAGCACACAGCUGCAAACAGCUCUUUCAGUUAAUUUGGGAUCUGAAAGCCAAUCUCCUCAUGUAGAACUGAACAUUUCAACAUCAAAUGAUACAAUUAUACGGGCAGUACUAAUUUUUGCUGAAGGAAUAUUUGAAGGUGAAAGUCACGUUGUACAUCCUUCUGUACAGAAUCUCUCAGGUCAUAUUUGUGUCCCAAUCAGUCCUCCAAAAGAUGUUCCAGUGGAUUUACACAUCAAAGCUUUUGUAGGCUACAGAGGCAGUACACAUUUCCAUGUUUUUGAGCUAACCAGACAGCUGCCUCGGUUUUCAGCUUAUGCCCUGUGCAGUCCAGAUUCUGUUGCCGUACCACAAAGCUAUGUCAUUUUCACAAUCAAUGAAAGGGUGCAGAGGGUUGCAAUGUGGCUGAACCAGAAUUUCCUGUUGACAGAAGACAUUGAGUGCCAGAGUUCACUCUUUAAAGUGUGCUUUGUGUCUUUGCGAGGUGCUGGUCCACUCUUCAUUAGAAUGAAGCAAAAUGGACAGAUCACAAUAAACACUGAUGAUAUGGAUCUGGCUGGUGAUGUCAUCCAGUCCUUAGCAACAUUCCUGGCACUUGAGGAAUUGCAAGUGGAAGCAGAUUUUCCAGCGUACUUUGAAGAUUUGCGGAACACUUUAGUCCAGGUGGAUGACUACCACUCAGUACAUCAGAAACUAACUGCUGAGAUGGCCGAUCACUCCAACCUUAUUCGAAGCAUGUUAGUGCUAGCUGAAGAUGCACGCCUCAUGGCAGACAUGAAGAACAUGAAAAGGCAUUACAUGGAGCUUUAUAACUUAAAUAAAGACUUAAUAAAUGAAUACAAAAUACGCAGCAACAAUCACACAGAGUUAUUAAAUAAUCUGAAGCAGGUGAAUCAGGCAAUACAAAGAGCAGGUCGUCUAAGAGUGGGAAAACCAAAGACACAAGUAAUUACUGCUUGUAGAGAUGCCAUUCGGAAUAACAAUUUAAAUGCUUUCUUCAAGAUUAUUAGAGCUGGUACUGCUUCAUCAUCAUCGUAAGGACAAUGGAAAAAAAUUACAAUGUGAUACUUCUGAAUAUGGAAAUAGACUGUACCCAGACUCUUCUACAAUAUGUACCAAUGUUUUCAUCAUCUAAUAUAUGUACACACAAAAUUGUCCAUUACAGAGUAAACACUAAUUGGAACUACAUCAUGUCUACUUCAGUACAUACAGCAAAUAAAUAUCUGCCAGCCAUAUGUACAGAUAUAGCAUAUUGAUUGUAAUAUACAAUAUAUUUGUAAUUAUAAUUUUUUAAAUGCAUUUAAUACUUAAUGUAGUAAUUGUGACCAGUGGAUCUAACCUACCUGCCUCAGGGAAGUAGAUGGAAAAUUUGUUUUUUUUUUGUUUUAUAUUGCUGCAAUUUAUAUGGCAUUAACAAUCAAUGAAACACACUGUGCAGUGUUCCAACAUGACAGCAUGCAAGUUUGACCUUUUUUAACCAAAGCCAUUAAAUCACAUUGUGUGUGCAACAUGGAUGUAUUUGCUUUAAAAGAAAAAUUGUAAUGA